AACGUGCAUAACUGCUGCCACUAACGACAGAAGUGCGCUGGUGGAAGGGUUAUGUGCUCUAUCCUUUAAGAGAGCCGUUUCGCUUAUUGUCUGUAACUGUAUAAAGGAUUCGUGGUAGACGUGUGUUUCGCUUGGGGAUUUAAGUUUUUUUUCCCAAUCUAUUGUGCGCAACUUGAUCUGAAGCUAGGCUGUAUUUCACCGUACGUGGGGUUUUACGGUGAAUCCGGACGCACAUAUCUGGACAUAUGAGAUGAUUGCAGCAACUUCCUGUAUGCAGAGGAGGCUCAUCUGGGGGCUCCCAAGCUCUGAUUGGGCAGAGGUAGACCAGAGCAGUAACCCAGCAGUGAAAGCUCACAGUUAGCUCAUCUGCCCAGCAAUGCGCGUGUCUCCUCCAGCUCCCGCCGAGAGAAUGGCACAUUCUGGCCUGUGGUCCAUCUGGCUGGCUUUGGUCAUCGGCACUCUGAGCACCUCCUGGGGACAGCUCAUACCCCGCCUCACCUUCCCUCUGGGUAGCCCAGGCCGGUCCAUCUCUCUCUUCACGCUUCCUGAUGUGUCUAACAGCACCACUCUACUGCUGAGUGAGGAUGAAGAGGUGCUGGUAGUAGGGGCAAGAAAUACCAUCCUCUCCCUCAACAUCAGCCAUGGAGGCAUCCUGACCCUACAGAACAAGCUCGACUGGUCUCCCACGGACAAAGAUCUCAAUGACUGUUCCAUGAAGGGAAAGAGCAAGACGGACUGUCCAAAUUUUAUACGUGUCCUGCAGGUGCUCAACUCAACUCACAUGUACACCUGUGGCACCUUCGCCUUCAGCCCUCGCUGUGCCUACAUCAACUCUCAGCAGUUCUCCCUAGUGAUGGGCCCUAAUGGCAAACCUGAAGAGGGCAGAGGUCGCUGCCCUUACAACCCCUACCAGAAAAACACAGCCAUUACUGUGGAUGGUGAGCUUUACACAGGUACAGUGGCAGACUACAGGGGGAAUCGGCCCGUAAUUUCCCGCCACCUGAGCGAGGGAGGUCGUGUUGAUCUCAAGCUGGACGAUACGCCCUACUGGCUGGAAGAUCCAACAUUCAUCAGUUCUGCCUUCAUUCGCAGUGAAGGGAAAGUCUACUUCUUUUUCACCGAGAUUGGCCGAGAGUAUGAUUUCUUUGACAAGUUUACCGUGUCUCGGAUCGCUCAAGUGUGCACGAGUGACGUUGGGGGCCAGCGGACGCUGCAGCGACGCUGGACUACCUUCACCAAAGCGCAGCUCCUGUGCCAGGCCAACGGAGAGCUGCCCUACAACGUCCUGCAGGAUGUGGCCACCCUGUCACCACCAGGGGGCAGCAGUGAAGAUGACACACUGUUCUAUGGCAUCUUCAGCUCACAGUGGUCUGUGAACUCGGGUCUCUCAGCAGUGUGCAUGUUCAACCUCAGGGAUGUUAAAGGUGUGUUUGGUGGCAACUACAAAACCCUGAACAGGGACACACUGAAAUGGACCAUGCGAGUUCAGGAGAAGGUCACCAGGCCUGGCGAGUGUGGUCUUCAUAAUGCCUCAGACAAUGUGCUGCGAUUUGUCAAGGAGAACUUCUUGGCUGAGAAGAGUGUGUUGCCUUCCAAUCGGAGGUUGAUGUUGGUGUCACCCGAUCAGCGCUACACCAACCUAGCGGCUCAGAGGGUGCGGGACUACACUGUCCUGUAUCUACUCACAGAAAGAGGCUACCUGCACAAAGCUGUACUUUCGAAGACGGGCAUCCACAUUGUGGAGGAGAUUCAAGUGAUCACCCAGCCUCAGCUGGUGAAGAAUCUGCUGCUGUCUGUCUCCAAGGCUGUGGUGUUGGUGGGCACGUCACAGGGUGUAGUGUCUGUGCCCUUCUCUAACUGCUCCUACUAUGGGAGUUGUGCUGAGUGUGUGUUGGCAAGAGACCCUUUCUGCGCAUGGGACCGCUCACGACAAGUAUGCGCAGACAUCUCCUCCCUCAAGGACCAUGCGGGUCAGGAUGUGGAGGGGGGCAGUGUGAGUGCGGUGUGCAGUGUCGCCACCCCCCGGAGUCCUCGAAAUAACUCCAGCCCUCCUCGUCCAGCCCAUUGUCCUCCAGGUGAGUUGGUGACGGUGUCCCUGAAUGAGGUGGUGAAGCUGCAGUGUCCACGGGUGUCCCGUCUGGCACAGCGCUUCUGGGAGCGGCCUGACGACCAACUCACACCCAGCAUCUACCUUCAGUGCGACGAUGGCGCCACCCUCAGCUUCCUGGCCACGCCCACCACGCUGGGCCGCUACCUUUGCCAGGCCAUGGAGAACGGCUUCACCCAGACGCUUGUCGUUUACGAGGUGAGACAGAAGGACAGCACCACGCUUCAGCCCCCAGCCACCAGUCAGCACCAGGGCAGCCAGCCCACUGAGGAAGGUCAAAGAGGCACCACAGGACAGGCCGCUGCAGCAUGGACGAAGCCAAAACCCAAAACGGAGACUCCACAUCCCACCUCAUCUUCGACAGAUAUGUCCACAGUAGUCACACACAGGAACGUGACUCGUAAGAUGGGAUCAGUCACGCAGGCAGAGAUUGGUGUUGGGGAUCAGGAGCUGCUGUCCAGCAGGAGCAGCUAUCUGCAGGACCUGAUCGUGGUGUCCGUGCUGUUAGCAUUGUGCAUUUUUGCACUGAUAAUGAUUGGGUUUUAUAACGUCAGGCAGCAGUUUCACCACAGGACGAUGCCCGAGAUGCACCGAGAUGCCGAGAUGGCAGAAGGGACCACGGCAUCCGAGAGGGAGGUACUCAGGGCACAGACACCCUAUGAGGACAAACGCAGUGGGAAUUCCCCCAGUGAUCAGUACAACAGCCACAAAUCCUCUGUGACUCUGGGCAAUGGUGUACUGAAUGGCUCCCAUGGCCACCUGCCCAACGUGCCUAUCUGAGAGAUAUCUUGUAAACAGAUCAGAAACUGGAGAAAAACUAAAUUCCUGAACCUUAUGAAAUCUUACAAGGCUCAUGGCACUUUUAUCUGGCUGACACCUAAACAUUUAGCUGUUUCUGAGCUGUAGGGGGCCCUGGGCCUGCCCUAAAGCCACUCUCUGUGCAGUGAUCUUCAAUCAUAAAAUGUGAAAUGUAGCUUAGCACAUCACACCACUGCUCAUAAAGUACUAUUUGUCAGUGUAUGCAAUGCUAUCAUACUUAUUAUGACCUGUGAAUAUUACUUCAGCCUGUAAUGCUAUGGAAUGAUGCAUUGAGUGACAAAGGUUUGACUGUGACAUGCAAAUGGGCACUACGCACACUCAGUGGCACGUGUAGUUGUGCACUACGCACACUCAGUGGCACGUGUAGUUGUGCACUACGCACAUUCAGAGUGGUGUCCCUUUCUCACACAAAACAAAUGAACUGUCAAUGAAACUGAAGUGUUUAGGAAAGGAGUGGAAUGAAAACAAACAGGUUAAUUUUUAAAAAUGAAUCUGUCAUUUUCAGGAUAUGAGAUUAUUUUUAAGUGGCUUUCAAAACACCUUUAUGAAUUAAAAUUGAAUUUCAAAUAUUUUGUUUAGGUCAUUUAAGAAAUGAACAAAUUUGUGUUUUUCAGGCUACCCAACAUGUACAAUGCUUCUUUAAAAAUCUAUUUAAGAACAGACUGCAGAUUUAUUUAUUAUUUCUUUUGGUGAAUGUACAUUUUCCAGAGUUAGAAAACACAGUAUUAUUUCAUUUUAGCUUUUUUCAUUUUUAAUUAGGAUACCAUGCCAUAUACUUGUCUCUGCAAUUUAGUGAUUAACUUGUCCACUGGUUUCGCCUGUGGGACAUCUGCUGGAAAUGUUUAAAGCAGGAUAAUCAUAAAGUAGAUAUCAGCAGUGGAUUUUCUGUUGCAGGUAGUGUGCAGAUUGGGGUUUGCGCUCAGGUUUGCUGCUAAAAAUGAAUUCUUCGUAUCCUGUAUCUUUGCAAAUCAAAAAAGGGGGGGGUGUUUUUGAUCUACUGUUAUCUUAUGCAUUCAUCUUUAAACCACAGGCAGCCUGUGAGGUAAACGAAGGUGAUGUAAACAGUCUUGUUUUCCCAGGCUGCCAAAUUAAAUGUUAAGAUGUUAAUGACUGGACAGAGAUCCUGAUUUGUUGUGACCACCUGUGAACUGUGAUGUUGUCUUUUCUUUUUUUUAAAAAAAAAUGGUACCAAGCAGUUAGUACAGAAGCACAACAGGACCAUUGGUUGUUUCAGUUUGAUAUUUCUGAAAGGAAAUGUCUAGUUUUUAAACUGCUCUAUGUACACCGCAGUUUUAAUAAAAUGUUUUAUUUUUUUAUACUGCAGACCUUUAAAAAUAAUAAUUAAAAAAUUUAAAUUGA